AUGUCUAUUUUCCCAAAAGACUUCGUUUGGGGAGUUUCUACUGACGCUUACCAAAUUGAAGGUGGUGGGCAGGCAAAUGGUAGAGGAGUUAGUACUUGGGAUGCAAUCCGGAAAGAACCUGGAAGGAUACUUGAUGGUUCUGACCCUAACACGAACAUCAAAGGCUAUGAGAACUGGAAAGAGGAUAUUCAAUUAAUUAAAAAUCUCAAUGUCACUCAUUAUCGUUUAUCUCUCAACUGGUCACGAAUCUUACCAUAUGGAGAUAUCAAUUGUAUCAAUGAGGAAGGUGUGAAGUAUUACAGAGCACUGCUGGAAGAAUUGGUAGCCAACAACAUUGAACCAAUUGUCACUCUGUACCACUUUGAUAUGCCUCUUCGGUUAUACAGGAACGAUUCGUGGUUGAAUGAGAGUUCAAUCAGCUGGUAUGAAGAUUUCUGUCGCUUAUGCUUUGAAAAAUAUGGAGACUUGGUUAAACUAUGGCUGACGUCGAACGACAUGCCAAUGCGAGCAUGGAAUGAACUAUCUAAACUGGAUGGAGAAGCCUUUUUUGGAGUUACCGGAGUUUUCGAAGAGAACGUGAAGCGAAUACCUUUCAAAGCUGCACAUCAUAUGCUCUUAGCUCAUGCUAAAGUCUAUCGGAUGUAUAAGAAAGAGUUUUUCGACAAACAAAACGGUAAAAUAGGUGUUGGCCUAGGAGGAGAUUGGUUCUAUCCUAAGACAUCUGAUGAUGUGGAGACUGCACGUCGAGCCGAGACUUUCUCCUUUGACUGGCUGGUUCAGCCCAUUUUUGGAAAAGAUGGAGAUUACCCUCUUGAAAUGAGAGAAUGUCUCGGAAAAAACAGCUGGGACUACUUACCUGAAUUUACAGAAGAGCAGAAAGAAGAGCUAAAAGGAAGUGCUGAUUUCCUGGGAUUCAAUUUCUACCGACCCACUCUUGUUGAAAGUGGUGUAGGCGAAUCAACAAAGGAAAAAAUCGUGCAGUUCAAGUAUUCUGAAGAUGAUUAUGAAAAGCUAUGUGGAAAUGAUUUUUGGGUGAGAUAUAAGCCAGAAGGCUUAGAAGAUCUCCUGAACUACAUAAAAGAUCAUUAUAACAACAUUCCUACUCUCAUAACAGAGAAUGGUGUUGCUGACUUGUUCGAUGAAAGUGCUGAUCCGUUACAAGACGAUCACCGCAUUCGGUACAUUGACGGCCAUAUAAAUGCUGUGAAAAGAGCCAUCGAAAACUCUUGUAAUGUGAUGGGUUUCAUUGUCUGGAGUUUGAUGGAUAACUUCGAGUGGAAUGAUGGUUUCGCUGUUAAGUUCGGUUUGUACAGCGUGGACAUGGCGGAUGAGAAUCGCAAAAGAACGGCGAAAAAAAGUGUAGAAUACUACAAAAAUCUCAUACAAGAAAAUCGUCAUUGA